AUGUCUGCAUACCCCGACUCUGACCACUACCAGCGUGAGAGGUCCCGUUCGCCCCGUCGUCGUUCUUCUCGCAGUCCCCGUCGCAGCCGUCGAUCCUACUCGCCGCGCAGCCGCUCUCGCAGCCGUGACGAUUACCGUCGUAGUGAUCGCCGUUCGCGAUCUCCUUUGAGUGCUUCCGGUGCUGGUGGACCGCCAGGCUCUCCGUACGGUGGACGCAGUGGUUACGCGCCGGGCAGAACGUUCGAGGAUCGUGCCGAUCGUGUCGCCGCCAAAGAAAAUAUGAUGCAAUCCGUCCGCGAUUCGUCCCAGCAAGACCGUCGGGUCUAUGUGGGCAAUUUGAGCUACGAUGUCAAGUGGCAUCACCUCAAAGAUUUUAUGCGACAGGCUGGAGAGGUUCUCUUUGCCGAUGUAUUACUACUUCCGAAUGGAAUGUCGAAGGUGGGCGCCAAUGCGAUUGUGGAAUACGCAACCAGGGAGCAAGCACAGAACGCAGUCAACACGCUUAGCAACCAAGACCUGAUGGGUCGCCUUGUCUACGUCCGCGAAGACCGUGAAGCCGAGCCCCGUUUCAUCGGUGGACCUCCCCGGGGUGAGUUCGGCGGUGGCCGCGGUGGGUUCGGCGGUGGCUAUGGUGGUGGCCCCGGUGGCCCUCCCGGCGGUGGUGGUGGCCGACAGCUCUACGUGUCGAACCUCCCCUUCAACGUUGGCUGGCAAGACCUGAAGGAUCUUUUCCGCCAAGCGGCUCAGCAGGGUGCCGUUAUCCGCGCCGAUGUGCACACCGACCCCACCGGCCGUCCCAAGGGCUCUGGUAUUGUGGCUUUCGAGUCGCCCGACGAUGCGCGCAAUGCCAUUGCUCAGUUUAACGGAUUCGAGUGGCAGGGCCGUCCGCUGGAGGUCCGUGAGGACCGUUUCGCCGGUCCCGGUGCCGGCUUUGGUGGCCGCGGCGGCUAUGGUGGUGGAUUUGGUGGUCGAGGCGGGUUCGGAGGCCGUGGUGGCUUUGGUGGUGGCCGCGGAGGAUUCGGCGGCGGCUUCGGUGGUCGUGGUGGUUUCGGUGGUCCUCCCGGCGGUGGCCCUCCCGGUGGCUUUGGUCAUGGCGGUCCUGGUGGUCCUGGUGGAGGCUUUGACAAUGCGGCCGCUCCUCCAGCGGCUCCGAACCCCUUCACCGAUUACGCUACUUCGGCUGGCGAAAAGAGCGCCAUCAUCUACGUGCGCAACCUGCCCUGGUCCACCUGCAAUGAGGACCUGAUCGAUCUGUUCUCGACUAUCGGCAAGGUCGAGCGUGCCGAGAUUCAGUACGAGCCCAACGGACGCUCGCGCGGCACUGGUGUCGUGCAGUUCGAUAGCGCAGACACUGCGGAGACAGCGAUCGCCAAAUUCACUGGCUACCAGUAUGGUGGUCGUCCCCUCGGCAUCACUUUCGUCAAGUACCUGAACGCAAACCCACCCCCCGGAGACAUGAUGGAGGAUACUGAGCCCACGGGCGGCAUCACCCAGGAUCAGAUCAUGUAG